AUGGAGUCUUCUGCUCUUCUCCUCCCUUCUCAGAUUAUGGGAAGCGGCACUUGGGAGUCGAUCAUGUCGUGCUUCCCCCAAAUGCGGCGCACCGAGAUGCCAGAUUCCCCCACCAGCCCCGUUCCUGCUGCUCCGGAUGAAAUCCCCAUUCCUAUUAGCCCCAUCAUAGUCACCUCCCCCACUGACAGCAGGAAGCUCAGCUCCCCGACGUCCAGUCUUGCCUCCCCCAAACCUACCUCCCCCAUCGAGUGCUCCAUCUGCUUCAACACCUAUGACAACAGCUUCAAGACACCCAAGCUGCUCCAAUGCUCGCACAUCUUCUGUCUGGAAUGUGUGGCCCGCUUGACCUCGGCGCUGCCCCAGCCCCGUGUCGAGGACCAGCUGCCCUGCCCCCUCUGCAGACAGCUCACGGAGAUCCCCCUUGAGGGCCCUCCAGCUCUCCAGACCAGCCAGGAGCUCCUGUCCACCCUGCCCCCCGAAUACCAACGGGAGAAGGUGGUGUGGAUGGAGGGCAGCAAGCUGUGCUGCAGGCAGUCAUCCCAAGACCCAGAAGAUCCCAACACAUGCAUCUGCCUCGACGUUGCCAUGAGCAAGCCCAAUCCCCCCAUGACACCAACAGAGGGCACAGCUGGGAGGCUGUCGCGCUGUGCCAUGUGCGACGACUGGAAACGCAUUAUCCUCCUCUCAGCCCUGGUCAUCAUUCUGCUGUGCAUCAUUUUGUGGCCGGUGCAGUGUGCCCUGAAAACUGGGAACCUCCGCUGCUUCACAAGGACGGUUACAUUCACCAGACCGAACCCUGUUUCGUUUAUACAUACAACCCCACCAGUGCCCGGGACCAGCCCAUCCUCCCGCUAGCAAGAGCUGGCACUUAAAAGACUGUCCCUGUCGAGGAGCUCUGUCAGAGCACCUCCACCCCAUUGAGCUAGGUCAAGCUGCUGCCUACUAGACUUCGCCAACUUACCUCUCUGCCAAGCUGUAGCAGCCCCUGUUCUCGGCCUACACACCGUUCCGCCUAGGCACUUUGAAUGUCACCUGAACAUCCACCGUUAAUCCAGCCCCUCGCUUUCACACAACUGUGCCAACGCAAUGAGGAGGGGGCUUGUGCAUAGCCAUAUAUUAAGCCACUGCUUCCCCUAAAUCUCUAGGGAUCCUGAAUGCUACAUCGAUAACGGAGCCUUGAAUACUUGCACAAGAGCAUGUUUCUAGGACUGCUGCUUCCCAGGAAAGGUGCAUGUGCCUCAAAGUGUGGGGCUGUUGCUAUAAAGACACAGCUGUGACUGGGCUUGGCCCUUUUGACUCACCGAUGGAAGGGAAGUGCUAAUGGAAGGGUUAUUUCCUUGGAAACCGACAACACUGUGAAAAGAGUCUAGAUGUGAUUAUUUCUAAG